AACGCUCGGGUCGAGGGCGGGGGAGGGGCACGGGCGAUCUCCUCCGAGCGCUUGCGUGUCAGGGGGCGGGCAGCCUUCGGGAAUCUCCGCCGUGGGAGGCGCUGGUAGUAGUUGGAGGUUGGCGGCGCGUGAGGGCGGUGGUGUCCCAGGGGUGCGAGCCCGCCUGGCCGCGGCGGUUGCGCGCUCCGCCUCCUCCUCCCCUCCGUGGUGCUGGUUGCAGUGAUUGGAGUCCUGCUCCCCCCUCCCGCGCACGGAGGGCUCUGGCCGGGCGUCGGGAUUGCGCCCUGUCCCCUCUCCGUCUAGCCGAGCCGUGUGAGGCCAGGAGCCGCUCGCAGGGUGACACGGGGAGCGACCCCCUGCCAGGAGAAUGACGGACCCCUGCGACGGAUUAUUAGAAAGAUGCAUUGCUGUAAUAUCAUAUUGGAAUUGAUGAAGUGGGAAAUACAGAUGAAGACAGUCUGAAGAAGAUUUUACAUAAAAUAUAGUUUCAUCCAACUCCCCAACUGAGGAGACAAGUUGGAAUAUUUAUUAAAUCAUCACUACUGUCAGCCACCAAAUCUCAUCAGGCUUCACUGAACAAACCAAGUUUAAAAUUUGUCAAGCAGCAGGGCCAGUUGCUAAGGGUGACAGUGCACAGGAAGGAUUAAAAGUGAACAAUGACUCAACUGAAACUAUACAUCAGAUUACUAGGAGCCUAUCUGUUCAUCAGUCUUCAUGUUCAAGGGCAAAAUCUAGACAGCAUGCUCCAUGGCACGGGAAUGAAGACAAAUCCUGACCAGAAGAAACAGGCAAAUGGAGUAACAUUGGCUCCAGAGGACACCUUACCUUUUCUACAGUGCUACUGUUCAGGGCAUUGUCCGGAUGAUGCUAUUAAUAACACAUGCAUAACUAACGGGCAUUGCUUUGCCAUUGUUGAAGAAGAUGAACAUGGAGAACCCAUGCUUGCUUCAGGUUGCAUGAAGUAUGAAGGUUCAGAUUUUCAGUGCAAGGAUUCCCCAAAAGCACAGCUACGUCGGACAAUUGAAUGCUGUCGAACUGAUUUCUGCAAUCGGGAUCUACAGCCCACACUACCCCCACUUGGUAGUACAGAUGGACUUUUUGAUGGCAGCGUUCGUUGGAUGGCAGUGCUGAUUUCUAUGGCAGUCUGCAUCAUUGUUAUGAUCAUCUUAUUUAGCUGCUUUUGUUACAAACAUUACUGUAGAUGGGUAGCAAAGAGACGUUGUUAUAAUCGUGAUUUGGAGCAAGAUGAAGCAUUUAUUCCAGCUGGGGAGUCAUUAAAGGAUCUUAUUGACCAGUCACAGAGUUCUGGCAGUGGAUCAGGACUACCUUUGUUGGUUCAGCGCACUAUUGCCAAACAGAUUCAGAUGGUGCGGCAAGUUGGGAAAGGGCGAUAUGGUGAGGUGUGGAUGGGUAAAUGGCGAGGUGAAAAAGUGGCAGUCAAAGUAUUCUUUACCACUGAGGAAGCCAGUUGGUUCAGAGAAACUGAGAUUUACCAGACUGUUCUAAUGCGUCAUGAAAACAUACUGGGUUUUAUAGCAGCUGAUAUUAAAGGCACAGGUUCCUGGACACAACUUUACUUGAUUACAGAUUACCAUGAAAAUGGAUCCUUGUAUGACUUCCUGAAAUGUGCCACACUUGACAACAGGGCUUUGCUCAAACUGGCUUACUCUGCUGCAUGUGGUCUGUGCCAUCUACACACAGAAAUUUAUGGGACACAAGGCAAGCCUGCUAUUGCACACAGGGACCUGAAGAGUAAAAAUAUCUUGAUAAAGAAAAAUGGAAGCUGCUGUAUUGCUGACCUGGGCCUUGCAGUCAAAUUUAACAGUGAUACGAAUGAAGUUGAUGUCCCUUUGAAUACUAGAGUUGGAACAAAACGUUACAUGGCCCCAGAAGUCCUAGAUGAAAGCCUAAAUAAAAAUCAUUUCCAGCCAUAUAUCAUGGCUGACAUCUACAGUUUUGGCUUGAUCAUUUGGGAAAUGGCUCGGUGUUGUGUCACAGGAGGUAUUGUUGAAGAGUACCAGCUGCCAUAUUAUGACAUGGUGCCGAAUGAUCCAUCUUAUGAAGAUAUGAGAGAGGUGGUUUGCGUCAAGCGCCUACGCCCAGUGGUAUCUAACAGAUGGAAUAGCGAUGAAUGUUUAAGAGCAGUGUUGAAGUUAAUGUCUGAAUGCUGGGCCCACAAUCCUGCCUCUAGACUUACAGCUUUGAGGAUCAAGAAGACACUUGCCAAGAUGGUUGAAUCACAAGAUGUAAAGAUUUGACAGAAUAAUAUAGUACUGAGGAGCAGAGUUGGACUCCUAGAACUUUUCACCCUGAUAAGGGUGGGAACUGAGUGGGAAGAAGAAGCAACUGAGAUUCAGUCCACUUCCUCAUCUUACUUUUACAGGCUGCUAAUAUUAAAUCUUUCAGUACUUUGUAGAAUAUAAUGCUGAAAGUCUCUGUACACUACAUGCUACAUAUAUGGACAGCCUUGUUUUAAAUAUGCUUAUCAUUUUUGUUUUAAGCUGCAUUGAGACUUCAGUCACACUUAGUGAGUCUCCAGUGAAACUCUGGGUACUAAAUUGCAUGUUCAGAGUACAGUGCUUUCUGUGAAAGCCUUAAGAAGCUAAAUGGAUUCAACAGAGAUGGAGAAAUAUAAGCUUUUUGCCUUCUACCUGAUAAAAACCUAGUUGGUUCAUACCAAGUCUUUUGAAAUAGCCUGCAGGUUAGGAAUCUGUUUGAGAUACUACUCAGUUUAACAGUUCCUAUGCCUUUUAUGGGUCUUUUAUGUGUGUGCCAGGAUUCUUUGACUGCCAUUUGGGAUAGAUGAUCAUUUAAAUUCACAGAAAGACUUAUGGUCAGGACCCCAUAUGUUCCCUAAUUCCACAGUUACAGGAUUUGCCACAGAAUUGUGCUCCAGAAUCUCAAUUUUCAUGUUGAAAUAAUUACAUUUCUGUGCUGUUUCGGUUGCAAAGAGAACCUCAGAAAUGUGAACAGUGUAAACCAAUGUCCAUCUGAGGGCUUGUCUACACGAUACAGCAAUGCACACACUAGAGGGGUGUGAUUUCUAAAAUAUACUGACUGAUCCAUGUAGACCUGGCUGGCACACACUAUAAGUUCCCCUAGAGUGCUUCAUAUACAUGCUGCUUGUUAACAUGCACUAGGAAACUUUUUAGUGCAUGCCAGCAGGGUUGAUGCAGGCCAGUAAGUAUGCAGUACAUAAGUGCACUUCAUAGAAAUCACACUUCUCUAGUGUGCAUUGCCUCGCUGUGGAGACAAGCCCUGAGUCUGCAAAGAGCCUGAAACAGUGACUGAGAGGUGUGAUAUGCCUCAGUCAUCUCACUUGGGGCCCAGUAUGCUCCAUGAUUGUGUGGUUGUGGAAUUUGGCUUUUUUCAAGGUACCACAGGUCAGCAUUUUUGUUGUAGACUGCACUAUUUUGCAGCAACCAGACCUUUGACUUUCUGUUUUGCCUCUCUGCCCUGCUGGGACCUGUCUGCAGCUGCUUCAUGCUUUGUGUCUUUCCCCAUGAGAGGGAAUUAAAUGGAUUGCAUUGCAUGCUCCUUUCACUAUUCUAUAGAACCAGGCAGGAUGGGAUGUCUGAGAGCCAGUGCUGGAGUCCAGUUUGCAGAUAGGGCCCACUCACAGAAGUGCAGGCUGGGCAGCUAGGAAACUGAGAGAAUACAGUGUCAUGCAAGAUGUGAGGAACUCAGAUGAACCACUGAAGCUGACUGACAUGCAUGAGGCAGGCAAAGGAGAUUCUGAGCUAGAUCACCUUAACAGCAUCGUUACUGCUGAAGAUCUUAGAGCUGGGCCAUCUAGAGGACACAUUGAAAAAACAUAAUCAAAUACUAUCGUUCCUGAAAAUCGUCACUGACGAAUGGUAAAUCAGUGAGUAUUUUCAACUGAAUCGGAUGUGUGUUGUUGGGUAUGGGAGAAAUGCGAUUGAAAGGUGUUUUAAUGGAGGUACAAUAAAUUAACAUUGCUGCAGGAUUUGGUCAUGGGUUUCUGUAUAAUACUCAGUGCUGUGCAUAUGAUUCUCUAUUGCAGCAACUGGCUAGUUAUAUGAAAGCAAUUUGGCUUGCACAGGAAAUCAAAUUUCUGCUCUUUUUUUUUGUUCAUCAAGACAGGUUGGUAUAAAAGGCCAAAAAAACUAAAAUGGUUACUGUAAAGUUGGGCCAUUUGUUAUAUACCAUUAAUUUUGUCACUAUCAGUUUGAAGUCAGAAAAAGCAACAUAACUCCAAUGCUGUGAAUUUUCUGAAGAUUAAAAACACAGUAUUGGAACAGUUCAGUUAAACCUAAUUUAAGUGCCUCUAACCUUGUACUGUAAACCUUGUUCUAGAUAAUUUUAAAAAGGGAAGGUAUUUAUAGAGUGUGUAAUGUGCUCUAAAUUAAAAUACCUGGUCAUAAGUAAAUGUGCACACACAUGCUAUAGCUCAGAUUUGGAAGAGGGAAAAAAAAUUUGGAAAAAUGUUGAUAUUCGUCAGAUGUUGUGAUUUCAUAUUAAGAUUUUUGAUAAAUUUUCUGUUGUCUUAAAAUGGGUACAUGGAGACUGCUUUGAAAUUGUGUUAAAAUGUCCUUUGAAAAUACAAUAGAAAAUGUAACUUAAUGAAGUUCCAACAUGCAUUUGUGAACAACUGCAAAUAACUAUCUAACACUGGGUUUUUUCACUUCUGUUCCAUAGUUUGCAAAAAGUAAGUGGUCAGGCAAAAGACUGCAGAACUUUUUAUUUUCUCUUGUGAUGUACAGACUUAUUUAACAAUGCUACAUAUUUUAUAGAAAACUAGUUAUUUCAAGGGACAUUUCUUUUUUAAAAUAAAGUCAUUACUUCUGUUCAUUAAAGCCUUUAAGUAUUAAUAUGUAUUCUGUUUGAACAAUUCAUGGGUGUGUCAAGUAUAAUUUUAACUUAUUUGAAGACAGCAGUAGACAAUAGUGUGCCACAAUUCUUAUGGAAAAAAAGGACUUUAAAAUUUUUUUCCGUCCCUUGUCAAGAAAGAUAUAAGACGAUGCUGAAGUUGUUAAGCAUGUCUUUGCGCAUUAGUUUGCACAGUACUCCUGGGGGAAUUCUGUGCCAAAAAAUUAAAAAUUCUGCACACACUAUUUUAAAACUGCAAAAUUCUGCAUAUUUUAUUUGUUAAUAUAACGCAAUAUAAUCACGCUGGUUUCAAUGAUUUUGGUAAUUUAUUUAAACUACAAUAUAAUGGAUGGAGAAUGGGAGUGAGGAGCAUUGUAAUGUAAUGUAGCAAGUAUUGACCCUUUACUUCUAAUUAUUAAUCAACAAGUAUAUGCAGCCAUAUGCUCAGUGUUACAUCGUAGCAACUGGGCUCAAACUCACAAUUUAUAUUGGCUACUGACCAUCUCCAGGAAGGUCAGUAGAAACAGUUCAUGGAGCCCAUUUUGAUAGGAAAAAUUUUCAGUCAAAAAAUUUAGACCAGUUCUAAUCAGUAAAGCACCAUAAGCAUUUAUAAGGCCAUACUGUCCUUUACAAUAAGGCUUCUUUACACCACUUUGGGAAUAUAAAGGAGCCUUAAAUUUUUUACACCUGUUUUAUACUCCUGGGGAAUUUACUAAGAACAAUGGGAACAAUUCAUUAAGCAGGCAGGCUGCUACAUUCUACUCUGCCUGUGGGAACAGAGCCUGCCCUACACCUUUCUUCUCAGAAACACCCCAAAGCCCUGCCCCUUCACAGUGAGCAUUCCGCAAUAGCGAGUGAGAGGGACAGAGUGUAUCUUUCUCUCUCACACAUGACUGCCCAGCCCUCCCACCCCGGCUGUUAUUUACAUCUCUACCAGCUGCUCCGGGCACUCAAACUAGCCUGCCUGCACUUCUGGGGAGGGGCGUGUGACUGCUCUUGCGGCUUCCCUUUACUUCCCCAUCAGAAGUCAUUUUUCUGUAGGGAAGCAAAGAAAUCUGCGAGGGCCAUGAAUUCUGGACAUGCGCAGAGAUGUAGAAUUCCCCCAAGAGUAGCACAGGUAGUUGGAAAAUAUUUGGUAUGAGUAAUAAAAUCAAUAAUUUAGAAUAAGUUGCUUCCACCCACCCACCGCCCUGGGUUUUUAACAAUAAAAAGGGAAAUGUUUAUGCACAUGUUCCAUAAGCUUGCUCUUUCAGAACUUGGAGGGUUUUUUAAUUUAAUCCAAUAAAGUGCCAUGUGAAUUAUACAUCUUUAUUAGCUGCAGUUUAUUUGCUGACAUUUAAUCUUGACAUGUUUUUUCUGAAGUCUUUAAGGAAAACAGUUGGUGGUAGUCUAAAUAAAGCAACAGAAAUGUAAAAAUGAAACACCAUUUUUAAUUAUUCAUUGAUUUCCCCCCCCCUUCCAAAUAUUUAUUGCUUAAGUUUUUGCAGGCAAAAUGUUGGUGAUACUGAGGGUAUGUCUACAUUGCAAUUAGACACCUGUGGCCCAUGCCAGAUAACUCAGGCUCCCGGGGCUCAGGCUAAGGGGCUCUUUAAUUGCAGUAUAGAUGUUUGAGCUUGGACUGCAGUCUGAGCUCAGGGGCCCUCCCAUCUCGCAGAGUCCUAGAGCCCAGGGACCAGCCUGAGCCUGAAUGUCUACACUGCAGUUAAACAGCCCCUUAGCCGUAGUCAGCUGGCAUGGAUCAGCCAUGGGUUUUUAAUUAUACUUUAGACAUACUCUGAGUAAAUACCUUAACACUUUAAAAGGCUUUACAAAAAACACUUUUACAUAAAGUAAAUCCACUGAGCUGGGUUUUCUGUUGGGUUGGAGAGGAGGAGGGAGGAGGAGAUGAAGGGGGACUUAGGCCUAAAUUCUAAAAAGUGGUUGCCUAGUUGGGCUUCAAAAUCUGUUUUAGCCACCUCAAUAAAUGGCCUUGUAUUCUCAAAUCCUGAGUAUACAGUAACUUUCAUUGGCUCAAUUGGGAGCCGAUAAGUGCUCAGUACUUCUGAAAAUCAGUAAAUUAAGGCCCUAAUUCAGUAAAGCCCUUAAGCACUUGCUUAAGUCCUAUGUAAAGUAAUGUGCAAAAUCGGGGCCUAAAUAUGAGUUUAGGCUCAGCUUUAGAUACCCAUUUCUUAAAAUCUUGAUAUUAAUCUUAGCAAAUUUAUUAAUUAAAAAUAUUUUUGUACUUAAUGCAGACUUAAGUCAAGUUGUGUUGCUUUAUAAGGUUUCCAAAGCCUUUUAAAGGAGUAUCAGACUCCUUCAUCCGAAGUGAGUGAUCAUCUCAUUUUUUUGGUCAAACUUACUUCAGUAAUUAUUUGUCAACCAGUAUUUAAAAAAAGAGAGAGAGAGAGAGAGAGAGGAUGACUGGCAAAUAUAUUUUAAUUGUAAUUUGUAGAGUAUGCCUUGUGAACAUGGUCUGUGCCUUGCAGUUGCAUAUGGAGAUUUGUAUUGUCUAGCAUGUUCUACCUUGCUUUAGUUGGAUGGAAAGUAACUUGCAUCUUUGAGAUAAUUGAGGCCAUUGUAUUCAGUGAGAGUAAGGAAACAUUUACAUUUCUGGUUAACUUGUAAAUUCCUAAAGGAAUAUGAUGUUUCUAGGAAUGAAUGCAGACUUGCGUUUUGGGUUUUACUGUUUGCUUAUCUUAGAAUUUUUCUUUAAGAAUGAGUAUCUUGAAAACCCAAAUUAGAUAAGUGAUAUACAGCUUCUGUAGGCCUCUAAUCAGCUUUCAAGGUAGAUAUUUUUGAAAGUACAAGACUUAAAAUCUUGGAAAACUGGCAGUUUCAUUUGUAUGUACCAUAUUUUCCUUAAUUAUUUCAUUUACAUUUUUAAAUUAUCUUUAAGUGUUGAUAUUAAAAUGCAGAAUGAAUCUUUAACUGUUACCUCCUCAGUAAGCCUAGAAUCAAAUUUUAGAACGUCAUCUAAAUGACCACUGAAUGUGCUAUAAAAUUAAUUCUUUGGAUACAAAUCAGCUAUAUUGUCUUCACAUAUUAUAUUUUAAAUUAAAUUAACAGACUAAAACCAUUUGAAGAGUAAAAAUGUCACUUGAGUCUAAAAUUAAAAACCUUUUUUGGUUACUGUAAUAAUGUUUAAAGGGAAGUAAUAUUUAUCUUUUAUUUUGAUUAGAUAGGAAAUGAUUUAGCAGUUCUCCAUUGUUGUGACAGUGCUUCUGUAAGAAGUCAGAGGGACACAAUCCUGCUUCCACUGGUGUACCCCCCCAUGUAUGGGUGAUACAAUGUUACAUAAUACAGAGCUUUAUGGAGUUCACAGUAUAGUAGCCAUGGUUUAAUAGUUAUCACAAAGUUGGAGUAAAUACUAUUUUACUUAAUUUGUUCAACAAAUCUCAUGUAAUUGUUGCCUUGUUCUAUAUUAUCCUUGAAUGCAAUUAAGUCCACAUACGGUAGUGAUAUUUGUGCUCUGACCUACCCAUGCCCAACAUGAAAUGUAUUAUAUUGUAUACAAAAUAACAUUGUAGUUAACUUUAGAGAAGAUGUAAAUAAAAAUGAGAGAAGGGUAAAACAAGCAGAAUGAUUACAUUCUUGUGUUUGUUAUAUGCCAAAAGUGUAGAAUAACCUUUUAAAAUGUAAGACACUAAUGUACCUUGUACAGCAUCUGAUUUAAAAGGUGCCUUAAGUUUACCAUGAAUGCUUUUUUCUGUACACAGAUUAUGUCCAAUGUAUCAUUUUUAAGUAAAUAACCUUAUUUUAGUACA